AAUGGCGUCGGGUGCACUGUUUGGAAAUGCUGGGACCCGUUCCCAAAGCAAGAAUCUGGUGGAAUUUCGAGCUGGAAAGAUGUUCAUGAAGGGCAACAUGGUCAAUCCAGACAAGAGGAAGGGGCAGAUCUACAUUUACCAGUCGGACGACUCCCUGAUGCACUUUUGCUGGAAAGAUCGUGGAAGUGGGACACUGGAAAAUGAUCUGAUCAUUUUUCCUGACGACAUCGAAUUCAAACGUGUGAGUCAGUGUACCACUGGCAGAGUGUACGUCCUCAAGUUCAAGUCUUCAACCAAGAAGUUCUUCUUUUGGAUGCAGGAGCCUAAGACUGACAAGGAUGAAGAGUACUGUAAGAAGGUGAAUGAGUACCUGAAUAACCCCCCUGCGCCAGGCUCUAACCGUGGGGGUGGGGGAGGAAGCGGGCUGCCCUCAGAGCUGGCAGGAGACACGGACCUGCAAAGCAUGCUGGGAAAUAUGAGCCAGCAACAGUUGAUGCAACUUUUAGGAGGAAUGGGCAUGAGUGGACUUACUGGACUGUCCAGCCUGAUGGGAGGACGCCCAGCCAGUGCACAGUCCACUAGCUCAGAACCUCCUCUUAGAGCCCAGUCCUCCCCGGGAAGUCGUGCCACCACAGCAGGGGACAGCACUCCGACCUCACAGACCCGACCACUGACUGCUGCAGCCUUGCCCACCCAGGCAGGGGGGACAACUGCAUCCACUCCUGCCCCAACGCCGUCCACGGGUGCGGGGAACAGUUCAGCUCGCCAGCAGAUUCAGCUUAGUGACCUACAGAACAUCCUCUCAAACAUGACAGUACCUGAAGCUCAGAAUAAGGAUGCUAUCAACCUAGCCCAGGCUCUGAACCCCGAAUCCCUGAUCCCUAUCCUGGCCAACAGUGAAGUCCAGGAGAGACUCCUCCCCUACCUACCAGAGGGGGAGGCCCUGCCCAAAACAGAGGAGGAGCUGAGGAACACUGUCCAAUCCCCACAGUUCCAACAGGCUUUGGGGUCAUUCAGUGCAGCCCUGCAGUCAGGUCAGCUCGGCCCUCUCAUGCCACAGUUUGGUUUGGGAGAGGAUGUGGCGAACGCUGCGGCACAAGGAGAUCUUGAAGCUUUUGUACGGGCCAUGCAGCCUCAAAAGGCAGAAGGGUCUGAGGAGAAGCCAGCUGAGAAACCCGACGAUAAAAAAGAGGAAAAGUAAAUGAAGGACGAGACAAAAGAAAGUGAUGUCUCUGUUGUCAAAUCAGGCCUUGAAGUGUCGUAAUUUUAUUAAAGUGCUCUUGCUUACAUGAGAUGUUUGAGAACCUGUAGAACUGCAUACUAAUGAAAUAAAAGCUCUCAAAGUUUGUUUGAUUAAACUUUACUAUAAACAGGAAAUUUGUCUUUUAUCUUUUUUU